CCAGAUAGAAAUUAUACAAAAUGGCGGCGACGUGAUCAGUGUUGAUGUCGCCAAGAUUCAUUACACGUAUUAAUGAAAUUUUCUUAAAAAUCUAACAGAAAACGGCCGAAAAAGUGCGUGAAUCCGUGAUGGGACGUUCGUUCGGCUAGUUUCCAGUGCUGCGAGUAGAAAGUGAUCGCCGUAUUUAUUGAAAAUCCGAUCGAAAAAAUGUUAUGUUGUUUCUUUGUCUUUCAUUGUGGGCAAUGUGAAGUGUUACUGUAAACCCCUAUUGGAAAUAUUCUGACUGGUUUAAUUGUGCAUCUUUGGCUGUAUUUGUGAUAUCCUUUAGUUCUUAAUAGUCGAGAAGGUGGUUAUCCAAUCGAAUACUGAUUAUUUUUCGAAAACAUGAUUCCUUCAAUUGGUAUUUGAAAAUGAUGGUUCAGAUCUCGUAUGAAAAUGAUUGUCAGGUGUUUAAAGUGGAAGUCGAGCCUGGAAUUUUAAUAAAAAAAUCCAUCGGACUAGAUUCUUUUAUGGAAUUGUCAAGGAAAUGAAUGAAAACUCGGUUUUCGGGAUAUAAGAUGGAAGGAAGAUAUUACAAUGGGAAUUUCCCUCGUAUAGUGAUUCCACUUGAUAAAUCGUUUGUAGAUCUCUUAAUUUCAAGACUGUUCAAAGCAUUCCCUAUAAAUGACUGUGGAAUUUCUAAUCGUGGAAGAAUUGUUAUGAUGUUAGUGUUUUACGAUUUGAUAGCACUUAUUUGGUCAUGCUGAAAUGAAUAAUAUUAUUGGAUCUUCUCUCCAGGAUUAAUCGACAUCGUGAAAACCCCGUGACGCCGGCAGCUCUGGAUCUGGACGAAUUCUAUUGGAUUUUUCGUCGAAAAUGAAUUACCCACCGUCUGGAUCGACACUUUCCGAGACGAUGGCAGCCUAACAGGCUCCUCCGAAGAGGUUCCCGAUAAGACCGAGGCCCACCAGAGCCACCGUCUCGAGUUCGCGGCCGAGGACCGACAGCGAUGAGGUAAAAAUGUGCCGAACGCGCGUCACGAAGGACCGCACGACGCGGCCAAGACUGAGCGACGUCCCGACGACGCCCGCGUCCAACAAAACCGUCUGUGAUCUAAGCUUAACAAAAGACUGUAGUAUAAUUACGCAACUAUUGACUAGAUGUACCGCGCUAAGUUUUUAUUACGCGUUUCUUACGAUGUUCACGUGCCUAUCAUACGCGACGCGGCGGCGGCGACGUCGCGACGCCCUCGCGGCCCUCUGCCUGCUGGCGGCGUGGUGCGGCCGCGCGCACGCCUACGGCGACUCCGAUCAACUGGCGGUCGAGAACGUCAACCUGGACGACAUCGGCGCCGUCUUCAACAAGGUCGCCUACGGCAGCACCACCAAGAGGUCGAUACCGGACACCGCGUACCCGGUGACGACGCUGGCGACGCCGCUGCUCACCACCUACCGAUACACCGACGGCUACGAGGAGUGGCGUCGGGUGGACACCAAGAAGGACGCCGCGAAGAUGGGCGGUGGGGUCUUCGACCCCGAUUUCGGCGAACCAGAGGGUUACGGCGUCGAUUUGGAGAAGGACCACGCCUUACCGACGUCCGCACCGGCCGCAGACAUCCUGAAGAACAACCACAACAGGCACUACGGGAAUCCGAACCGCUACAACAACGACCGGUUAAAACCCGACUACAACGCCAGGAACAACCCACAAGAUGAAGUUACAGAGAGUUAUUACAAGACCACUACCAGUUACAACGUGCAGAGGAACGUCAGACCCACCAAGUCGAUGUACAGCAAAGAGAUACCCCGUUACGUGCCGCCCCAGAGGGAUCGGGAUCUGUUCACCCCGCCCUUACCGCCCAAAUUCCAGAGCCCGUUUCAGGACAAACCGACGCUGAGGGGCACCAACAACGAUUUUGUCCACCGACGCCCCAUCCCACCCCCUAGCUUGAUGCCCAACAAGGAUCGGAUACCCUUCAGGCCCGACUUACCGAAGGUGAACGCGGAGAGGGUGCCCGAGAAGCCCAACCUGGAACAGCCGAAGCCCCACCACCCCAACCCGGCGGCCUCCAACAACGAGAACAAGAAGAAGACGCUGAACACCCCCUCGCAGACGGUGCGCGUCAGCGACGGCUUCAACGCCGGCCGCAACGUCAACGAGAGCAACUUCGAGUACGACAAGGGUUACCUACCGGCCAUCACGAGGAUUUUAAGCGGUCCAAACGGACGCAACGAAGACCUACCGGAUUCCCUUUUACAAUCCGUACCCUCCACGCCUAAUUUCCAACGGUCGGAGCCUAAAACCACGAAAACCAGAGCUCCGAUCGUCCAGCCCACAGUGAGGAUCCAAGAGGCUGAAAAGACCACGGAAAAAAUGCACAAACCACCAUCUAAACCCUCCCAGGAACUCGACAAAGAACCCCCACAAGAUCGCUCGGAAAGCGUGACGGUCCAGAAGAACCAACUUCCAAAACAACAACCGGAGAAACGACCGAUUCAAAACGACCUAACCACGCAGAUCUCGGACGUGAUCAACCUGCGCAACGUGAAAGAAAAAGAGCGUAACUUGACCUUCGUGACCAGCGACGAGGUGUGGCUCAUCUGUUGGAACGUCCACAUCUUCCUGGUCCUCAUCGGGUACAUAGUCCUGGCCAUCUAUUCCAUCUACAAGUUGAUCAGGUACGAGAACGACCCGCACAUGUUCUCCAAGAGCUACUUCCUGACCGUGCAUCUGAUGCUGACCGUCAUCUGCGUCUUGAGGAUCUUCUACCUGGCCUACGACCCUUACAACGUCAACAACUCCUUCAACGUGCUACUCUACGAUUUCCUGCAUAAUUUCCCGAUGAGUUUGAUGGCCACUACGUUCGCCAUUUUGAUCUUGUUCCUGCUGAAACGUACCUUGACCCAUCUGGAGGUCAAGACGAGGCCUGUCUUCUUGGUGGUGUUCGCCGCCCUCCACAUCUUCCUCUGUCUAGGGUUGAGCAUCCUGGAGACCUUCGGUUUCAUGGAGAAGGCCAGUUUGAUCGUUUGCAAGCCGGUGUUCGUCCUGUUGGCGUGGGCGUUGGGCGUCAGUUACCUCUACCUGUACAGGAUCAUCAAGAACGUGUUGGCGAAGAAGAGUCAGAAUUUAUCGGAGAUGUGCACCCAGAAUAUCUCAUACGCCUCCCACAUAACCAUAGCGGUGGCCCUACUGUUCGUCCUGUUGGGUUUCGUCCAGCUGUACGCGCUGUUCUUCAUCGAGGAGGAUAGGUUCAACGGGGAAAUUAAGCACCAUUGGAUACUCUGGGGCUUUGAAUUAUCCGUCAGGUUCAUCGAGAUCUCCAUCAUAACCUUACUGGCCAUCGUGGUCAGUCUGAAGAUGUCGCAGAGGGAAAAACAGACCGCCGGUGGUUUCCCGUUGUUUCCCUGUACAACCAGCGACUCCAGCACCGAUAAUAUCUACCCCAACAACUGCAACACCAACCCUAACGCCAUGAAUUACAGCAGGAACGAGAUGAUACUUGAUAACCUCCCGACGGAAGCCAUCGAGAGGCCGAUCUUGGUAAAGAACACCUUCCAAAACGACUCCUUCGAUAAGAAGUCAACUUUAGAGAGGUACCACAGCGACAACGAGCGCAGCUCCAAUUUCGACAGGUUCGAGAGGCCCAAAUGGGGCUCAGACAGGUUCGAUUCGAGGCAAAACGCCGACCAGGUCAACAUCAACAACUUCCUCCAACCCCCGGGUAGUUUUGAGAGGGGGCCCCAGAACUCCUCGGCCAGGGGCUCGGCGAGGAAGACCUACGACUCGGCCAAGUACUACACGAAGCCCAAAUACGACCUGGACUAUAACAACGACGACUACCAGCACGACCUGUUCGGUAACGCGCAAGACAGGAACAUCUACAGCGAGCCCAUCGAUAACGGCGCCAACCUCAACCACCACCAGUACGAGAGGACGAGGCACGAGUUCGAGAGGUCAGACUUCGACAGGAGGUCCAGGAACUCGUCGAACACCUCUGGUAGAAGGUCCACCGGUAGGUCGAGGAAGAACCACGCGAGGCCGCACCUGGGGGUGCAGACGCUCCCCAACCACCAGGUGCCCGAUUCGAUGCUGGUCGACGAGCAGGGGUUCGUCAGGUUCAGGCACAUGCAGGAGGAGCACGAGAAGCCGAAAAAGAGCAAGAAGUUCAACGACAUGAACCAGUACGGGGAGGCAUAACUUUUGCUGCCUCGAAAACGUUGGCUCGGACGUUUUUUCAGUUCGAAGGAACCCAUGGAUUUCGUUUAAUCGCCCCGGAGGAGGUUCUUGAUUUGCCGGAUGGGAGAUGGUUGUGUUGUACAUCCGAGCCAACGUUUUAUCGAGUGAGAUUUAAAUAACCGUUGAAGGCCUAAAAGGAUCGGCCCAAAUUCGAAAAAGAUUGCCAAACUACGACCUAACAUUAUCGAACAAAGAUAUAAAGAACAAACUGAUUAAAAUUUAACUGUGACACAACAAGAAGUGAUAUAUAAGAAAAUAUCUUAACUUUUCUCUCGGAUUCGUAUGAAAUUGAUACACUGUGUUAGGAUAUAGUGUAACUAUACAUAUAAAUACAUAUUAAUAUUAAUUAUAAUCUGAAAGGAAGGUAGUAAAUAAAUGAAAUGUGUAUAUUUGCCACUGUACAUAGUUUUGAAUUAAGUAAUAACUAUAAUUUAAUUUUUUAUAUAUGAGAUAUAUGAAAUCCUAAUUUUAUAUGUUGACUUUGUAAGAUACAGGGUUCGAAAAUGUUUAGGCAGCUAUUGAAUGAAGAAAAGAGUGAGGAAACUACUUAAUUAUACAUGUUGUACCUCCACGCCCUGUAUACUUUUCGUUCGACCUAUGACUGAAUGUUCGUUAUAGUUUGUUAAGUCCCUGUCUUUCGUGCCAGAAGUUAUUGCUUCGAGUUUGACACUGCUUCAAUACCUUCCGGCAUCUUUUCAACUUUCACCGUCCUUAUGCCAAGAAGAUCCGGAGGAUCUUCCUCGAAGAGAAUCCCAUUGUCUGGUCAUCGAUGCUGGGGUCCCACAUCGACACAGUAGAUGUAAAACAAAAUGGAAUAAUAAAUUCGUUCAUAUUAUAAAUGACUACACGAAAAGUUUAGUUUUAGUGACUGUGGCUCGUUGACCGGACCUAAAUGUAGAUGUCUUUUUGUAUAUAUGUAUUUAAAUUAUUACGGCAGGUAACCAACAGUUCGCCAUUUCCGUUUUCGCUUUUUAUUUUUCAAUUCCCAGUGUACGAAGAAAUUUCUGUAUGCAUUUAUUGUAUAUUAUUUAUUUGCAGUAUUAUUAUCAGACAGUAUUUAUUUUUAAUUUUGUAAGUACCCUUAAAUGCAUUUUUGUUGUGUCUUGCAGUCCUAACAAUUGUUUUCUGUACAAAUUUUUAACUAUUGUUAUGCGUACAUAUCUACUGAGACAUUUUUUUCAAAUAUCGAACGAUUAGAAUCAAAGUAGCAGCUAAUUUUCGGAAAUUUGUUGGAAAAUUCGCGAUUAAAAAGAGUUUCGGGUGCUGUGAGAAUAUUCGGACUGAUGUAAGUUAGCAAUAUAAAUCUAAUCAUGAAAGACGUUGGCAAUAAUCGAAAAAUUGGAAUUGUUGGAACUGCAAUCUCACAACAGAACAACGAAUGUUUGUUUCCGGUUGAAUCAGUGUGCAGCUUUCCUCGAAUACCCAGUUGAGCUUUUUUCUCUCCUAAGAUAUAUAUUUUAACACAUUCCAUGACUUGCCUCGAUCUGUUCCUAUUUUGUUUUUGUACUUACAACGAUCGCGUUUUUUUCGACAAGUUUUGCCAGUAUCUCUAAUGCAUCUACUCGUUCUAGAAUAGAAACAUCAUUUUAAAUGUUCUAUCACAUUUUCAUUUGACAAAAUACUCGACAAUUUCUAAAAUUGAUUGAUUUUUUAAAUUGUCAUAUUCGUCUUAUCUUUGUAUUAUAUUAUUGUAAAUUAUAAACAAGUGGAUAUAU